AUGCUCAACGUUAUGGAACCUUUUCUUUCCCGGAAAAUUCUUUUCCUCGUGCUGCUGUGUGCGACACCUUGUGGCUGCACAACCGAGAGACCAUCAUCAUCUUGUAACCUGCGUAUUGUCCCAGCCUACGAGGAUUACGAAUAUGUGCAAGAUGGGGAUAUUAUCCUCGGAGGGUUAUUCUCGGUCCACUGUUUGUUUGGUCAAAAAUCAAUACCAGAAAACCCAUAUGUCAAGUCUAUGAUUUGCUUUAGGCCGCUGCAUCAGUUCUACAGGAACCUUCAAAUUUUUCUUUUCGCCAUUGAUCAACUGAACAAAGACCCAACACUGUUACCCAACAUGACUCUGGGAUAUCACAUUUAUGACUCAUGUUUUAAUCCACAAAAAGCUAUCAAAAAUGUAUUACAGAUGUUGUCAGGACCCGGUGAGACCGCCCCAAAUUACUCCUGUAGAAAGAACUGGAGAUUAGCUGGGUUUAUUGGGGACCAGAGUUCAACCACAACUUUACCUAUAUCCCAAUUGCUGUCAGUCUAUAGAUAUCCGGUGAUCAGUUAUGGAGCAACAGACUUCUUCUUGGGUGACAGACAUCUUUAUCCACAUUUUUUCCGAACAAUUCAAAAAGAUUUCGAAAUCUAUCAUAACUUAUGUAAACUCUUGAGACACUUUGGAUGGAAUUGGAUUGGAAUCAUCACAUCUUACGAUGAGAGCGGAGAGAAGGAAUCCAGUUUACUAACUCGAUUUCUAACGUACUAUCAGAUUUGCAUCGCUUUUGUAGUCCAAAAUGUGGUAAAAAAUGUUUAUGCUACAAGUGCUCUUUAUCAGUUUAUCAAAACAAUACCGGUCCAGGUCAUCAUACUCUGUGGGACCUACCAUGAUCUGAUAUUUGAGCCCCCGAUCGGUAAAUGGCUCCGUAAUGUCACGAUGAUCUUAACCCCUUCGUGGGGACCAAACAUUGUUCUCAUUGAGAAGUAUCCGGAGAUCUUCCAUGGAAGCUUGUCCCUGAAUCCGUUCUCGAGAUACGAUACAAAACUAAAGCAUUUCAUCGAUGGCUUCCAUCCUUUAAAUUAUCCGGAUGACUUGUUGCUGGAAAAUCUGUGGAUGACGAUACAUCACUGCGCCUCGGGAAAAGAAGAAAAGGACAAAUUGUGCGAAAUGUUUUAUGGAAUUUCCCUUCACAACUGCACAGGGAGGGAACGUAUCAGGGACGCGUGGAAUUACUUGGAUGAGGAGGUUUCUGAUCCAGUGUAUAAUGCCGUCUACAUUAUGGUCAUUGCCCUACACAAAAUCCACUUUUUGCAGAGGAAUCGGUCCAGUACCGAUUCAUCUUAUCAAUUCCAGAUAUGGUAUGCGUUGAGAUAUCUAGAAAAUUUUGGUAAGCGGAUUUUCUCAGGUUACGGAGAAAUCUUACAAUCUUACCAAAUCCAGAACCAUAUUCUAGUCAAUAAGACAUUACUCUCAAGUAGAGUUGGCUUCAUUUCAUCUGAUAUGUCGGAUACGUCCACCUCGCCAGCCUUCUCGAUCAACGAAAGUUUAAUAAGGUGGAAAACUGUCAACAAUGAGAUACCAAAGGCUCAGUGCACAGAAAGUUGUCUGCCUGGAAAUAGAAAAGUCCCUGGAAAGUCCAAGUAUUUUUGUUGUUAUGGCUGUGUGGCGUGUUCUGAAGGAGAAAUAUCCAACAAAACUGACAGUAAAUACUGCAAGAGAUGUCCAGACCACGAGUGGCCCAACGAGAACCAGACUCAAUGUGUCUCCAAACCGGUAGAAUUUCUCUCUUUGUCUGGCGAUGUGAUAUCAGUCAUUGUUCUGGCAGCUUCCAUGUUACUUCUUACAUUGACUGCGGUAAUAUUGGGGAUUUUCAUUAGAUAUCGGGAAACCCCAAUUGUGAAAGCGAAUAACAAGAACCUGAGCUUUGUCCUCCUGGUCUCCAUCAUGCUCAGCUUCCUCUGUGUCUUCUUGUUCCUUGGUCGUCCUGUGGAUAGAACCUGUAUGAUACGUCAGAUCUUUACUGGAAUACUACUCUCAAUAUCCAUCUCUUCAUUGUUGGCCAAGACCAUAACGGUUUACAUCGCGUUCAAAGCCACCAAGCCUGGAAGUGUGUGGAGAACAUGGACUGGAGUAAAGCUCCCUAACUGUGUGCUCCUGAUCUGCUCCUCUGUCCAGGGGGUCAUCUGUAUGAGUUGGGUGACCCUCUCUCCCCCCUUCCAGGAGCUGGACACACACUCUUAUAAGGAGAAGAUGGUCGUUCAGUGUAAUGAAGGGUCAGAUCUUUGGUUCUACUCCGUCCUGGGUUAUUUGGGGAUUCUGGCCGCUGUUAGUUUUAUUACAGCUUUCUUAGCCAGGACAUUACCGGACAGUUUCAAUGAGGCUAAGUACAUCACCUUCAGCAUGCUGGUGUUCUGCAGUGUCUGGAUAGCCAUGAUCCCGGCUUAUCUCAGCACCAAAGGCAAAUACAUGGUGGCCGUGGAGAUUUUUGCCAUCCUGGCCUCUAAUACUGGACUGUUGGGUUGUAUAUUUCUCCCCAAAUGUUUUAUCAUUCUGUACAGACCUGAGAUGAACACAAAAUCCUCUAUACUGAAGAGCUGA